AACAGAGGGAAACAGAGGCCGGAAGCGGAUAAGUAGUGUUUCCGGGUCACUGCAGGUUUGAUGACGUUCCUCUGAGAGCUCUCCAGGUGAACCAGCUGUUCGUUAAACCACAACAACACCGAGCAGUGCAGGAAGUGAAGUGAAGUUGGUGCUGCAGUGAUCCUCUUCUGCAGGGGGUUUCCCCUCCAUCACACCUUUCUACUGUCACUGUUUUGUUUGGAGCGUCAUCAUGGUGUUAGCCGACCUUGGCAGGAAGAUCACCUCGGCGCUGAGGUCACUCAGCAACGCCACCAUCAUCAAUGAGGAGGUUCUCAACGCCAUGCUGAAGGAGGUGUGCGCCGCCCUGCUGGAGGCCGACGUCAACAUCAAGCUGGUCAAACAGCUAAGGGAGAACGUCAAGUCUGCCAUAGAUCUGGAGGAGAUGGCGUCCGGCCUGAACAAGAGGAGGAUGAUCCAGCACGCCGUGUUCAAGGAGCUGGUCAAGCUGGUGGACCCCGGGGUGAAGGCCUGGACCCCCACCAAGGGGAAGAACAAUGUCAUCAUGUUUGUGGGUCUGCAGGGCAGCGGGAAGACCACCACCUGCUCCAAGCUGGCCUAUUACUACCAAAGAAAAGGCUGGAAGACGUGUCUGAUCUGCGCUGACACGUUCAGAGCAGGUGCCUUCGAUCAGCUGAAACAGAACGCCACAAAAGCCAGAAUCCCUUUCUAUGGGAGCUACACAGAGAUGGACCCGGUGGUGAUCGCUGCAGAGGGCGUGGAGAAGUUCAAAGCGGAAAACUUUGAAAUCAUCAUUGUGGACACGAGCGGCCGCCACAAACAGGAAGACUCUCUGUUCGAGGAGAUGCUGCAGGUUUCCAACGCCGUGCAACCAGACAACAUUGUGUACGUGAUGGACGCCUCCAUCGGCCAGGCCUGCGAGGCUCAGGCCAAGGCCUUCAAGGACAAGGUGGACGUGGCCUCGGUCAUCGUCACCAAGCUGGACGGACACGCCAAAGGAGGCGGAGCUCUCAGCGCCGUCGCUGCGACCAAGAGCCCCAUCAUCUUCAUCGGGACAGGAGAGCACAUCGACGACUUCGAGCCCUUCAAGACGCAGCCCUUCAUCAGCAAGCUGCUGGGAAUGGGCGACAUCGAGGGUUUGAUUGACAAAGUCAACGAGCUCAAACUGGACGACAACGAGGAGCUGAUCGACAAACUGAAACACGGCCAGUUCACCCUCAGAGACAUGUACGAACAGUUCCAGAACAUCAUGAAGAUGGGACCGUUCGGACAGAUCAUGGGCAUGAUCCCCGGCUUUGGGACGGACUUCAUGAGUAAAGGUAACGAGCAGGAGUCCAUGGCCCGGCUGAAGAAACUCAUGACCAUCAUGGACAGCAUGAACGACCAGGAACUGGACAACAAAGAUGGAGCCAAGCUGUUCAGUAAGCAGCCCAACAGGAUCCAGAGGGUGGCCCGGGGGUCAGGGGUCGCCACCCGGGACGUCCAGGAGCUGCUGACUCAGUACACCAAGUUCGCCCAGAUGGUGAAGAAGAUGGGCGGCAUCAAAGGCCUGUUCAAAGGAGGCGACAUGUCGAAGAACGUGAACCCGUCUCAGAUGGCCAAACUGAACCAGCAGAUGGCCAAGAUGAUGGACCCUCGAGUCCUGCACCACAUGGGUGGCAUGGCAGGGCUCCAGUCGAUGAUGCGACAGUUCCAGCAGGGCGCGGCGGGCAACAUGAAAGGCAUGAUGGGAUUCAACAACAUGUGACCACGGAGCAGCACCUUGGAACCCGCAGGAGAGGAGGAAUAAGAGUGAAUGAGUUUGAUCCCACCGGUCUGUCUGCUGGGGGGGGGGGGUAGGGUUAGCGCUCUGACCCCCAGCGGCCGGGACGGCUUUCUUUCAGAUGUUUCAUGUGUGUGAGCUUGAGAGGCGUUUGGUUUUUACAGAGUUUUAAAGCAGACGCAGGAGCAGAGUCUAGACUUCCUGUCCCGCUUGAGGACAGACACAGAGGAGACAGGAAUUUGAUUGUGACAAUAUUUUUGUCAUGACGUUAUAAUAAAUUUGUAUUACGACAUUGUAA